CUUUCUUUCUUCGUUCUUCUUAAUAAAAAGAGGACGGUAUCUGCGUUUGCAGAAUAUAAAACACCAUUUAUUGGGCUUGAAAAUCAACAAAAAUGAGCUUAGGCAACGCCAGGCCUUUGGUCUCCGUAUAUACGGAAAAGAAUGAGGCUGUCAAGGAGAAGAACAUCUGCCUGCCAGCAGUUUUCAAAGCACCCAUCCGUCCGGAUGUGGUCAACGAGGUGCACCAGCUGUUGCGCCGCAACAACCGUCAGCCCUAUGCCGUGAGCGAGCUUGCUGGCCACCAAACCUCUGCUGAAUCCUGGGGUACUGGUCGUGCUGUUGCCCGUAUUCCCCGUGUCCGUGGUGGUGGUACUCACCGCUCCGGUCAGGGUGCUUUCGGAAACAUGUGCCGUGGUGGACGCAUGUUCGCCCCCACCAAGACUUACCGCCGCUGGCACCGUAAGGUGAAUGUAAACCAGCGUCGCUACGCUCUGGUUUCGGCUAUCGCCGCUUCAGGCGUGCCCGCCCUUGUCCAAUCUAAGGGUCACAUCAUUGACGGUGUCUCCGAGUUCCCACUGGUCGUCUCUGAUGAAGUACAGAAGCUGCAGAAGACCAAGCAGGCCGUUGUUUUCUUGCGUCGCCUCAAGAUCUGGGCUGACAUCCAAAAGGUGUACAAGUCGCAGCGCUUCCGUGCUGGCCGUGGUACCAUGCGCGACCGUCGCCGUAUUGCCCGUCGUGGCCCCCUGGUGGUCUACCACAAGGACGAGGGUCUGCGUAAGGCAUUCCGUAACAUCCCCGGCAUUGAGACCAUCAACGUGGACAAGCUGAAUCUGUUGAAGCUGGCUCCUGGUGGUCAUGUUGGUCGCUUCGUCAUCUGGACUGAGUCUGCUUUCUCGCGCCUGAAUGAUCUGUUCGGCACCUGGAAGAAGCCAGCUACCUUGAAGAAGGGCUACAAUCUGCCACAGCCCAAGAUGGCCAACACGGAUUUGUCGCGUCUGCUCAAAUCUGAGGAGAUCCGCAAGGUUCUGCGUGAUCCACGCAAGCGCGUAUUCCGUAGCGUGCGUCGCCUCAACCCAUUGACCAACGUCCGUCAACUGGUCAAACUGAAUCCCUACGCCGAGGUGUUGAAGCGUCGUGCCGCUUUGGCUGCUGAGAAGCGCACCGUUGCUAAGGUUCUGGCCAAGGCCAAGAAACAAAACGUAGAGUUGGCCAAAUCCCACUUUGCCAAUGUCGCUACCAAGGCGGCGGCAAAUCGCGCCAAGCUCCUGGCUGCUCGCAAGAAGAAGGUUGCCACCAAGAAGCCCGCGCCCAAGAAGUAAAACGGAGAAGUAAUCAACAGACACACACAGAAGAAAUACUUUUAUAUUAAUAAAAUAACAAAAGUUGUAUGAAUUUUAUUCAUAAUACAGUGCGAAAGUGUA